UGCAAAACACAUCAAGAAACAGCAUCCCAUCCCUUCCUCUGAUCUUUACUUUUUCAGCAACUUCCCAUCAUCAUCUAGAUCAUCUCUUUCUCUCUCUAGAAAUAAUAAAAAACUUCUCUCUCUGCGAUGUCCACAUUGUUACCUAUAUUCAGCAGAAAGAGUGGAAAACCAAGAAUAAUCAUCCACCCAACUCUCUCUCUAAUGGCCCAGCUGGACCAAAAUUUAUGUAGAAGAAAAACAAAAAGAUUCAAGUUUUGUAGAACUAAACCUACCUCACCCAUACACGCUACACCCACACACACACACACACAAAAAACUAUGAUUGGUUGCCACAAAUGCCCUUCUGCAACCCCUUCAAACUCCCCAUCUUCAUCAUCAACUUCACUAUCUUGUAAAGAAACAAUGUUUUUAUUAUUUUUGCGACAAUUUACAUGGGCUUUUUGGGCCUUUAAUUUCUUGUCUUGGUCAGAGUUUUUUCACAGAGGAAACAGCAAAGCAAACAAGGAACCUUCCCACUUCAUCUAUAUUUUUCCUUUCUUUCUGUCCUUUCUCUCUGUACUUUCUCAACAUACAAACCUUUCUCUAUUUUUCUCCACCUCUCUUUUAUAUUCAUCCUUAUCUCCAUAUUCAAGAUUCAAACUUUUUGUGACAAGGGCUUUUAAUAUUUUGUGAUCUGAUCUGAUCUGAUCUGAUGUCUAAGAAGACGAAAGGGGUUUCUUUGGAUUCAAGGCCAUCUUAUGGUGGCGGUGUUUAUGAGGAUACUAGGGCCAGGUUAAAGCAUCAGAGCCUCUUGCAAGACUAUCAGGAGCUACAAAAGGAAAACCAUGGGAUGAGAAACAAACUGCAGACUGUGAAACAGAUGAAGCAGAUACUGGCAGCUGAAGUUCGGUUUCUGCGGAAGAGACAUAGCUAUCUUCUUGAAACGAAGUUUCUAAAUUCUCCAAAAGAACUGCAAUUUGUACCACUAGCACCGUAUGCUGUAAACCAUUCUACAAAGAAAAAGAAGGAUCAAAUGUUCAGCAGGAAAGACGCCACUCUGAAUAAAAUUCCACAAGUUUCAGACUCCAAAUCCAAGAGGAAACAUAUUGGAAAAGAAUCUGCUGCUCGUACUGCAUUACCAGUUAUUAAUAUUGAGCGGAAGCAAAAAUUGCGUGGUAAAAAGACAGAUUCUCAACAUACUUUAACUCCAAAUUCCGAGCGAAACGCGCCACUGUUCUUCGAUUUGAAUGAGAAGGAAAGAAUGUCUGGUGCCAAUGAUGCUUGUCUGAGGAACUCAGACGCAGCUUUUGAUUUGAACCAUUAUGGUAGUGGGAAAGAAGCUCGUUUUCCAAUUCGAGCUCCAAUCUUCGACUUAAAUGAAAUUUCGACGGGGGAUGAGGAUCUUCAGAGUAAGUAUGAACCCUUGAAGCUCGAUGAUGCAAGAAAAGGUUUAGUUAGAGGUUUACACGAUGAACAGCUUAAUGACCUUACAUUGUCGGUGUGUAGAAAUGCUGGUGAGGGUACGACGCGGGUUCGGAAGCGGAAAAUUUCAUGGCAGGACCCAGUUGCGUUGAGUGUUUGAGUUCCAAUCGAGGCUUGACCAAUGCACUUUUGGGAGACCGAUAAACUUUCGGUACUUCUCCGAGUCUGUUGCCAACUUGCCUUUUUAGUCUGUAGUUUUAUGUGAUUCCUUCUAUGUAGAGCGAUACUUGGUUCUUCAAUUUAGCAUAAUUGACAUGUUGGAAGCAAUUGUGUCGUUAAAUUAGUAGUCUCUUGGCCCUUUGUUAUGGAGCAAAAUAUGCAGAUGUAAUCUUAGCUUACGUUUUGUGUAACACUGUUGAAAUCUAGUUCUAUUGAUCUCUGGUCAUUAUUUUGCCGAA